AUGCAAGUUUCCACCCUGCCCUCAGCACCUCUAUUCUCAGGCGCACGGCACUUCGCCCCGAGAGACGACGAGGUCACCAAGCUCCAGCAGCACAACCCCACAGCAGCUACUGCUAGAUACGACAUGCUUCCACAGGGAGCUGACACAAACAUGAUGGAUGUCUACCCCAGCACCGAGACAGCCUCGGCGCACGAGUCCAUGUCGCCAUCAAAGGCCCCAUGCAAACAAGUCAGCUUCGAGCUGCUUCUCCCUCAGUCCCCUCAGCACAGGGCUAGACUCCCAAUGCGGGUGAACAUCUUCCCCCACGAUACGACAGACUCGAUUAUUACAACAGUCAAGAACUUCUAUGGUCUGUACGAGCGCAGGGGCGUUAUAUUCGAAGAUCGCCUGGGAAACAUAUUGAUUGCAAGGUACGAGAACUUCGACCAUGGCAUGGUUGUGUACGUUCGCGUCUCGGCGGAAGACCUUGAUGCAGAUGAGUAUUCGCCCGAUCCUCACCAGGUGACGCUAUCUCCUCGUCGCCCUCGUCUCCACCUUGAGGAGGCGUUUCAGAUGCUGCCUCCCACCCUCGGCCACCAAGCCGGCACGAGGGCAGGUUCUCGCGGUGGGCGACAUAGCCAGUCUCCACACCCUGGUCGAGGCAGGAGAAGCGCCUCGGUCAACACGAACGCUAGGCGUGGUCGACCUGCAGCAAAGAGUCGCGGUAACAGCUCUCACGGUAGCUUCGCCGACGCCAACGGCGAUGGCUACAGUGACAGCGACGGCGAGGGAUCUGUCAGCAGCUCGCGCCGCUCAAGGAAGGAGCCUCUCGCGAGUGCCGACAUCAGUGUCGACAACAUUGUCGAGGGAGGCCGCCGAAAGCGUGCCAAGUUUGACAGCUCGGAGCUUCCUCUGUUCGUUCCUCCUCAAGUCCCUAUGACGGCCUCCCUUUCGUCCGUCUCUCCUCAACGGCGUAUCAGUGGCAACACUGCCGGUUCUCCCUACUCCCUUAGCAACCAACAGACCUUCUCGUACCAGCACCCACUUCCAUCACCUCAAAGCUAUGGCCAGGGUGAUAGCUCAUAUCUACAAGGGUUCGUCACACCGUAUUCUGCUUCAACUGGGCCAGUGCAAGGGUACAAGUCGCGCACACGAGGCUCGGGACAGUACGCCCACUACCGCUACUCUGGUAGUGGAGCCUUGCCAACCCCUGAGACCACUCUUGGGAGCAUCAGUGUCAUUUCUGAUGAAGACGUGGCUCGUCAGCUUAUGCGCUUAGGAGAUGCGUCCAACUUUUCAUCCCAUGGACGCACCUCUACAUCCACACUCGACGACGGAUUGAGUGGUAAUGCCGAGGCAGCCUCUUCCAGUGAAGAGAGUGAUGAUGGCAGCGAGGUCGAGAGUGAGCUCCCUCCCCUCCCAUACAACAUCGGACGAUUGGCCGAUGCCCCUCGCACCUAUGAUACUGGCGACAGCAGUGGCGAGGACUAUGAGGACAACAGAGAUGGCUCCUUCCAGAGUGACAGCGACGAGGUUAUGCCAGAUGGUCACAACGAUCAGCGGGCUCAGUUGGGUGUGACGAAGGCUCGCUCCUCCGUCUCAACCAAGUCCAACAAGCCUAGCAAGCCUCGCACGCUCUCAAAGAGCAAAACCAAGGUCAAUGGCGCCAGCAAGCCGCCCAUGUCACCAACUUCGCUGCCGUCGCAAUCACGCAAAGCUUCGAGCGCCUCUCUCAACUUCCAGCACCAGCUCGGUGUAGACGAAGAAGAUCUAUCCAGCAAGCCACGCUGCCAGAGAUGCCGCAAGAGCAAGAAGGGCUGCGAUCGUCAGCGGCCCUGCCAGCGCUGCAAGGACGCAGGCAUCUGCGCAGAUGGCUGCGUCAGCGAAGACGAGGGCAAUGGCCGGAAGGGACGUUAUGGACGUCACAUGGGCGUCUCUGUGAAGAAGGUGUCGAGUGCCAUGGCGCCGCCACCAAUGCACGACUUCGCCAUGGCUUUUGAGCAGUCUCACCCCAGCAGUCUCACUGCCAGCAUCAUGGAUAAGAGCAAGAAGCGUAAGAGGUGA